GUGCCCAUCGUAACCGACCGUCAACCGUCAACAGUGCAAACAACACACAGGGGGUAUGCUCUACAUAGGCUGCGCCGCCGCUGCCGACACGACGCUCGAUCGUCUUCUUGACAUUCCCGGGCCCACUUCCUCCUCCCCGACUCUUCACCUGCCUCCUCAUCAGAUAACAACGACACCAUCACACCAGACCCAGACUCACCCGCCGCACAGACACAGAUGCGACUUUCGACAGACGGGAUAGGGAAGACACGUGUGUAGGGAUUGGGAGAGGGUUUAUGAGCUUUAUGAGGAGGGAUUAGAGGAGUCGGGUGUGGGAGACGUGAAGUGGUGCGUUGGAGGGGAUGCGAGGUGGGGUGCAAAGCAGUGAUGGGAUAGCAACGAUUAGCAUUGGGUGUUAUGUCAACGAGUUGCAGUAUGAGUAUGACGACGGGGAUGAAGAGAGAGACUUGGUUCUUGAGGCGCAAGAUAAAUCGAACAAACCGAGACGAAGAAAGAGAGUCGGAACAGUCGAGUGCACAAAACUAAAGAAUAAUGGAGGAUAUAAACGGAACUAUACAAGGCUGGCUAAACUCAAGUAAAGUAAUAUAACGUGGAUCACAAUUUGGGCCCUCCCAUGCGCACGCAACAAUCGAACCACAGAACCACUGGUAAUGGAAGAUGCAGAUAACCACCCAAGACCAAGCAAACGCCCCUCGUGUGUCGUGCAAGGUCCUGCUCUACCGCCUCGCGAGUCGCCUCACAGGCAACCAAC